AUGGAAAACGGAGAUAGUCCUGUUCGCCCAAACGGGGACGUGGUGUAUCUGAGUUUAGAAGGGAAGAGAGCUUUGUCUAUAUCUCCCAGCGACGACUUUCUUACACUUUAUGAACCAAUUCCCAAAAAUAAGCUUCGCUCAGCUUGCAGAUCCAUCGUGACAGAUGCUUCUGGGAAACGACGGGUACCACUUUAUAACAUUUUAUGGAUAGAAGCCAGCAACGGGCAUCUCUGUAUUGACUACGCUGCACAUGCGUCGAAAACCUCCAUCAAGCUGGAGAAGUGGACUUUUGCGCUUAUAAAGGGAAACGAAUCUCCUGGGGGUCAAGUACCGGAAGAAUUUGCUGCCAAUAUACUUGCACGGGCAUACGGGGACUCACAGCUUCGGAAACGGGCAUAUGUCCUUAUCAACCCCCAUGCCGGUCCGGGUGGUGCUUUGCGCAAAUGGAGCAGCGAUGUCAAGCCGCUUUUCGACGCAGCCCGUAUGAGCUUGGACGUCGUCACGUUGAAACGGGGCGGGGAGGCCGUGGGCUUGGCAGAAAAGGUCGAUAUUGACAAGUAUGAUACUAUAAUGGCAUGUUCCGGCGAUGGCACUCCUCACGAAAUAUUCAAUGGCCUGGCAAAGCGUCCCGAUGCCUCCCGCGCUUUGGCAAAGAUCGCCGUCAGCCAUAUUCCCUGCGGCUCAGGUAACGCCAUGUCUUGUAACCUUUAUGGUUCUUACCGACCUUCUUUCGCAGCAUUGGCAAUAAUCAAGGGCAUUGUCAUGCCGCUCGAUCUUGUAUCUAUUACUCAGGGCGAUCGUCGCCUCGUCUCAUUUCUUUCUCAGUCACUUGGAAUUGUUGCUGAGAGUGAUCUUGGGACUGAACAUCUUCGCUGGAUGGGCGGUUCAAGAUUCGAGGUGGGUGUUUUGAUGAGAAUAUUUCGACGUCGGUGUUACCCGUGCGAUGUUGCUGUCAAGGUCGAAGUUGGUGACAAAAACGACAUCAAAGCUCAUUACAAACGGCACACGAGCGACGCUGGCAUCAAGCAACCAUCUGUGGCUGCCACUACAGGUCAUGACAAUAGCAAGGGUCUCCCAGAGUUGAAAUAUGGCACAGUCAACGGCCCGUUGCCUGAUGGUUGGGAGCUGAUCAAGUAUGACAAAAUUGGCAACUUUUAUUGUGGCAAUAUGGCUUACAUGGCGCCGGACGCAAACUUCUUCUCUGCUGCUGUUGCCAGCGACGGCUGCAUGGAUCUCGUCACUGUUAAUGGAGAUCUCUCCCCUAUCACUGCCACGAAGCUCUUGUAUUCGGUCGAAUCAGGAAAAUUCUUUGAUAACCCACACGUCCAGUACAAGAAGAUUUCUGCAUAUCGCAUUACCCCAAGAGACCAAAAAGAUGGUUAUAUCAGUAUUGAUGGUGAGAGAAUUCCGUUCGAGCCUUUCCAGGCCGAAAUACAUCAGGGCUUAGGAAGAGUCAUCUCCAAGAGAGGGAUAUUCGAAGCCGCCGGCCCUACAGACUGGGACAAAGUGAAGCUGGCAGACAGACUACAUGCGUAG